CAGGAAGUGUGUGUGUGUGUUGAGCAGAAGUCAGUGUGAGCACAUCCGCUCUGUGUGUUUCUGAGAUCUCUGACUGCUGAAGGAGUCUGCUGAUGGACUCUUCUGGACUCUUCUGAGUGUGUGUGAGCACAGAUGGAGGCUCCGGCGGGCGAAUCGGAGCUGUAUCUGGAGGCGGUGCGCUACAUGCAGCGGGUGGAGAGUGUGUGUGGGGCGACCUCUGACCCCAAGCCCUGCACCGCACCCGCAUACGCCACCGUACAGUGGGACGCAGCCGAGCCUGCAGCAGGGCGAGAGCCGGGCGAUGUGUGUGUGCUGGCACAGGUGUGUGAAGCUGAUGUUUGCGCACUUGAGGAGCCUCCAGCAGCCUCUGCAGGACACACAGAUGGUGGUCCGCUCUGCACUGACACACACACAUGUGAGGAACCAGCAGUUGAGGAAGAGCUGACCCCUGAUCAGAUGCACACACUUGAGGCAGAGACACACCUGCAGGAAGACCCUUCACAUGCUGAGCACAUCCAGGCCCCCAAUAGCCAUAAACCAGCCCCCACAACCCCUGGAGAACAGCUGACCACACCGACUGAAGCUGACCUGAGAGAUCCAGAGUCCGACAGACAUCCAGCCUACAGUGAGUCUUCAGAGAUGAACCAGAGAGCCCGAGGGCUCCACUCAGAUCAGGGACCUCAGUCAUAUCCACAGUCUCUGGAGCCUAGGUCAGAUGAGGGGCCUCAGUCAAAUCCAGAGUUUCUGGACCCUAGGUCAGAUCAGGGGCCUCAGUCAUAUCCAGAGUCUCUGGAACCUGGGUCAGAUCAGGGGCCUCAGUCAGAUAUGACACCACGGACAGAUCCAGAGCCUCUGGUGCCUAGGUCUAAUUUGGAGCCUAGGUCAGAUCAGAGGUCUCAGUCAGAUCUGGAGCCUAACUUAGAUCAGGGGCCUCAGUCAGAUCUAGAUUCUCUGGAGCCUAGGUCAGAUCAGGGGCCACAGUCAGUUCUGGAGCCAAGCUUAGAUCAGGGGCCUCAGUCAGAUCUAGAUUCUCUGGAGCCUAGGUCAGAUCAGGGGCCUCAGUCGGAUCUGGAGCCACAGUCAGAUACGGAGCCUAGGUCAAAUCUGGAGCCUAGGUCAGAUCAGGGGCCACAGUCAGUUCUGGAGCCUAGCUUAGAUCAGGGGCCUCAGUCAGAUCCAGAUUCUCUGGAGCCUAGGUCAGCUCAGGGGCCUCAGUCAGAUCUGGAGCCACAGUCAGAUUUGGAGUCUCUAAAGCCUAGGUCAGAUCAGGGGCCUCAGUCAGAUCUAGAGCCUCAGUCAGAUCUGGAGUCUCUAAAGCCUAGGUCAGAUCAGGGGCCUCAGUCAGAAUUGGAACCAAGUUUAGAUCAGUGGUCUCAGUCAGAUCCGGAUUCUCUGGAGCCUAGGUUAGGUUUGGCACCACAGUCAGAUCUGGAGCCUCUGGAGCCUAGGUCAAAUCUAGAGCCUAGGUCAGAUAAGGGGCCUCAGUCAGAUCUGGAGCCUAGGUCAGAUCCGGAGCCUCUGGAACCACAGUCAAAUCAGGAACCUCUGGAGCCUAAGUGGAAUUUAGAGCCUAGGUCAGAUCUGGAGCCUAGGUCAGAUCAGGAGGUUCUGGAGCCUAAAUUAGACCUGGGGCCCCCAAAGUAUCCGGGUACACAAAAUACGGCAACAGGGAUCAGCCUCAUCAUGCAGCACACGACCUUGGUGGGGCCCCUCAUUAAUGGUACGGCUGAGAUGGAGAACAAGGCCCAGACCCAACCAGUGAACAGGGCUGAGGCUCAGCGUUUGGCAGAGAAGCUCUACAGACUGGAUGGGUUUCAGCGCACUGAUGUGGUCAGGCAUCUGGACAAGGAUAAUGACUUCAGUCGAGCUGUCGGGGAAGAGUAUCUGCGGUUCUUCGACUUCACUGAUCAGAGCCUGGAGCUCGCACUGCGGUGUUUCCUGAAGGAGGUGGUUCUGCUGGGGGAGUCUCAGGAGCGAGAGCGUGUCCUGCAGCACUUCUCCUGUCGCUUCCAGAACUGUAACCCUGAGGCCUUCGACUCCACAUCCAGCGUGCUCACACUCACCUGCGCCCUCAUGCUGCUCAACACAGACCUGCACGGACAGAACGUUGGGAAGCCCAUGUCUUCAACGGACUUUGUGUCGAAUCUAGAGGGCAUGAAUGGAGGUGAAAGCUUCAGCCGGGACCUCCUGAAGAGUCUCUACAGCUCCAUCAAGAGCCAGCCGCUGCAGUGGGCCAUAGAGGACGAGGUUUUGGCCAAAUCCCUGAUGCUGGAGCCAGAUGGCGAGAAGGAUGGGCCGCUGCGCUCCAAGAGUAACCCGUUCCAGGAUCCACACGACACCAAGGCCAGCGUCUUCCACAAAGGCUUUCUGAAGCGGAAAGCACAUGCGGACAUCGACGGCAAACGUACUCCGUGGGGGAAACGAAGCUGGAAGACGUUUUAUGCCAUGCUGAAGGGAAUGGUGCUGUACCUGCAGAAGGAUGAUUAUGUGAAGGACGGUCAGGGCUCAGACGAGGUGCUCAGUGUCCAUCAUGCUCUGGCUGAGCAGGCACUGCAGUACACCAAACGGCCACACGUGUUCCGGCUGCAGACGGCUGACUGGAGGGUGUUCCUGUUCGAGGCCCCCACCACAGAGCAGAUGAACUCCUGGAUCGGCCGCAUUAAUCUGGUGUCUGCACUUCAUUCCUCUCCGCCGUUUCCAGCCGCCGUCGGCUCACAGAGGAGAUUCUGUCGGCCGAUCCUGCCGGCGACGCAGGCCAACCUCCCGCUGGACAAACAGCUGCAGUCGCACGCGGCAAUGCUUUACAGUUUCCAGCAGGAUCUGUCCCUCCAGCAGGGGGCGCUGGACGGCAGGAAACCCAGAGCGAGAGCGCUGGAGGAGCAGCGGCAGAGGGAGGAGUACCUGCAGUAUGAGAAGGGUCGGUAUGAGGUGUACCUGCAGGCGCUGGAGGUGUGGCGAUCUCUGGAUGCGGACGCAGUGGUGGCGGACCGGCUGUGUGUGUAUGACGAGUGUGUGUGCGCAGCGGUGGAUCAGAUGGACCUCAGCGCCGCCCCGAUCCAGCGUUCACACUCCAGCCCAUCUCUAGAGCUGCAGACGCCGCCGCCGCCGGCGGUCAAAGUCAAACGCAACAUCUCGGAGAGGAGGACCGUCCGCAAAGUCAUCCCUCGCCGAAACAAAGAGCUCUGAAGAGCCGGGACUAACACACAGACCCUCCGCUCCGGCAGGACUCUGAGCGAAACAGAAUAUUACAGAGACUAUACAGAGCGAAACAGCAGCUGUAAUGUUUGUCACACACACUCACACACACUCACACAUACACUCUCACACACACAAUCACACAUACACACACUCCAUCCCUGCACUGAUCUCCCAGUGGCGGAGCUGCUGACCGCAGCCACUAGAGGGAGACACUGCUCAGA